GACACAUUAACAUCUUUUUGAAGUGAAGUUGGUGUGGAGAUCUGUGAGUGUGAACACAGGAUGAAGAUCCUCCUAAUCUUCACCAUCUGCCUGAUCUCAGAUGAAGGAGCCUCUGAAGAAGUUACAGGAUAUUCAGGAGGAGGAGUCCUUAUCAAGUGCAAGUAUGAUGCAGAAUAUUCACAAAAGCAAAAAAUUUUCUGUAAGGGUUCAUGGCCAAACUGUACUGUCCAAGUAAAGACAAGAGCUAAAGGUUAUCAGUUAACUGGAAGAUUCUCACUGUUUGAUGACACCAAAUCAGCAGAGAUCAGAGUGAUGAUGAGAGAGCUUACCGUAGAGGACGCUGGGACGUACCACUGUGGAGUUAUUAUACGAUUUCGGAACAGUAGUUAUAAGUUGUUGUCAGUUGAAUUAAAGGUAAAAGAAGAUCUGUCCUAUGAGAAGUCUAUCAGUAAGAUUGGUUAUAUUGGCAGAGAUUUGGACAUCAUCUGUAAAUACCCACAAUCCGUCAGAAGUAAGCCCAAGUUUCUCUGCAGGAUAAAGCCGCAAAGUUCUGAUUGCUAUUAUAAAGAAUCUGUUAAAGAAAGUAGAAAAACUUUAAAUGUAGGGAAAUUUUCCCUGUAUGACGACAGAGCAAAACAACAACUCAGUGUGAGUUUUAGGAAUGUAAAUAAACUGGACUCUGGUGAAUACUGGUGUGGAGCUGAAUCAGUGUCGAAAUCGGAUCAUGGAUACAAUGUUUAUUUCACACAAAUCAGCCUGAAUAUUACUGAACCACAAAUCCCAGUUUCAACCUCAAUGUCACCAAAAUCUACAUCUUCAUUAACUUCAUCAUCCUCCUCAUCAUUAUUAUCUAAACCUACUCCUUUAGCUUCAGCAGGGUUUCCAGCUUUUACUAUGAUCACUGUGUCUGUAGUUCUGCUGCUGCUUCUGAUUGGAAUUUCAAUACUCAAUGUGAUUCUAAAAAAGAGAUGCACGAUGCCAGAAGGUGCAGUUUUUGUCCAAGAUUUACAAAACAACCAUGUGGCUCCUCUUGAUGUCUGUCAUUAUGAGGAUAUCAACAACAUCAGGCGACUUCAUGCUCCUAACCCUGGAGCUUCCACAGUUUACUCUUUUACAAAAUUUUCCAUAAUCCCCUGUGAUUCUUCUCAAACUGUUUAUGUCAAUAUGUUGUCACACACAGGUUCCCAUGAGUCGAUUUCUGCUACUCCACAAUUAUCCAAAGACCUCUUUGAUGAGGAUAUCUACUCCACAGCUCAGUUACCCACAUGCCUCUCUGAUACUUCAGUUGAUUGAGAAAUCAAAUGCAGCAACUAUUUUUAUUCAAAUACCAUUAAAGAUUCCUUCCAAUAUUUUUAAGUAGAAAGAGGUCUUGUUUGGUUAUGCUUUAGUUAUUUUAUGUGGCUAGUUUUGCAACAUUAGAGCGCCAAGAAAGUGGCACCAGAACUGUACUGGUUUUUGUUUUUUCAUUUGUUUUUUUUUGUUUUUUGAGAUUUUUGUUUCUUCUUCAAACAAUAUUUAAAGCAGUGGCUGUAAAAUGGAUUGUUUAAUUUUUUUUCCUAUUGUUUAGAAAGCUUCAGGCUUACAGUUUGUGCAUAUCAGUUUGUGUAUAUCUGAUACUGAUUUGCAUGAUUUGUGAAACAUAAGGAUUUUGUCUAAUCCUGGCAUUUAUCCCACCUCUCUCCACAUUUACAAGCCAUUUAUCUCUCUUCUAGCAGUUCUACAGUUAACCAACCACGUGUUCGGGCUAUUAUUCUGUCAAUAAAAGAGAAACUGCAUUUUACCAAU